AUGGCGGUGAAGGUGACUAAGGCGCAGAAAAAGAUAGCGUAUGAUUCUAAGAUCUGCAAGCUGCUAGAUACCUACUCUCAAAUACUGGUGGUGAGCGCCGACAAUGUAGGGUCCAAGCAGCUCCAGGACAUCCGCAGGGGGCUCCGUGGUGAUUCCAUCAUCCUCAUGGGUAAGAACACCAUGAUGAAGCGCUCCAUCCGCAUGCAUGCUGAGAAGACCGGCAACUCUGCUAUUCUCGCCCUCGUUCCUUGUCUCGUCAACAAUGUGGGAUUGAUCUUCACUAAAGGAGAUCUGAAAGAAGUGAGCGAUGAAGUUUCCAAGUACAAGGUUGGAGCACCAGCAAGGGUUGGCCUUGUUGCUCCAGUUGAUGUGAUUGUUCCCCCUGGAAGCACUGGACUUGAUCCUUCCCAAACCAGUUUCUUUCAGGCCUUGAACAUCCCUACAAAGAUCAACAAAGGUACAGUGGAAAUCGUUACCCCAGUGGAAAUUAUCAAGAAGGGUGAAAAGGUGGGGUCGUCUGAGUCUGCUCUUCUCUCAAAGCUGGGCAUCAAGCCAUUCUCAUACGGAUUGAUUGUGGAGAAUGUGUAUGAUGAUGGAUCUGUGUUUGACCCCAAGAUUCUUGAGCUCACAGAAGAUGAUCUUGUCGAGAAAUUUGCUGCCGGCUUGACCAAUGUCAUCUCCCUCUCCAUGGCUCUUGCAUACCCAACUCUUGCUGCAGUGCCCCACAUGUUCAUCAAUGGAUACAAGAAUCUUCUCUCCUUUGCAAUAGCAACAGACUACUCCUUCCCACUGGCUGACAAGAUAAAAGAAUAUCUAGAGGAUCCAACCAAAUUUGCUGCUGCUGCCCCAGUGGAAGCAGCUGCUGCUGCCACCACUGAAUCAGCUCCUCCUGCCAAGGAGGAUGAGAAGAAACAAGAAUCUGAGGAAUCUGACGAGGAUGACUUUGUUGGUGGAUUGUUUGGUGACUGA